AUGUUAAUAACGCUCGUGUAUAAUUUUCAGUUACUUCCCGGGUUUCUAUUGUUCUCUUACGGCCUCGCAGACGGCAUCAACUGGGGGAUGAGACACGGACACGGCCUCAUCACCAUCGUGUGCGCCGUGGUGGGGCUCCUGAUCCUCGGCGUCACUGUCCUCGGGUACUGCGGGGCCAUCAAGGACAAUAGGGUCAUGCUGUACAUAUACUCUGGUGUGAUGGCGCUGGCAGCACUAAUAUACCUCGUGUCUCUGUUUCUGAUCGAGCACGUAGACACAACAGUGACUGCGACACCGAUCAUUAAUGUUGGCGGAGCGCUAAUGGCAUUGGCACUGGCGGUUACCUUGGCGGGCCUGACACGCACGGGGAUCGACCAAGGCUGCGUGCUGAGCCCGCCGCCGAACGCAUACACACCUAACAUUUAA